AUUCCCGGAGUUGUCGGAACUCCGUCGUCGUGAGGUUUUACAAGGGUUUCUCGAAUUGCACCGAUAGCUCCGGCGACUUUCUCUUACCGGAAACAAUGGCUGCCAUCACUCUGAAUGUUACUCCGAAGCUAAACACUAAAGCAAAACCUCUACCUUGCUCACUCCCGAAAACAUUACCGCCUCUUAAUUUCUCCAGAUCAAGCUUCUUCAGAAACGGAGCUUUGAUCCAAUCUUUGUCAGCUAAAACUAAUCAAUCUAGAUUUGAAUCCUCUCGCGUAUCCAGCAGCAGCAUCAACGCUCUACACUCCUUCGACGUCGUUGUAGUUGGAGCAGGAAUAAUCGGUCUGACAAUAGCCCGCCAGUUUCUGCUCGAAUCAAACCUCUCCGUUGCAGUCGUUGACGCUUCCGUUCCAUGCUCUGGCACUGGCGCCACUGGUGCUGGGCAGGGAUACUUGUGGAUGGUUCAUAAAACACCUGAGAAUGAGAAAUGGGAACUUGCCAUGAGAAGCCGUAGUUUAUGGGAAACACUUGCACGAGAAACACAAGACAAAGGAAUGAACCCUUCAGAUCUACUUGGUUGGAAGAAGACUGGUAGCUUGCUGGUUGGCAGAACAACCAAAGAAUCUGAAAUGCUAAAGAGAAGGGCGGAUGAACUCUCUGCUGCUGGAAUAAGUGCAGAAUUUGUUUCGGGUAGUGAACUGCAUUCCAAAGAACCUUCAUUGCUGGUCAGUGAGAAUGUUGGAGCCGCAUUCGUACCUGAUGAUUAUCAACUAGAUGCUCGACGUGCUGUGGCUUAUCUUGAGAAGGUUAAUAGACAGUAUGCGCCAGAAGGCAGAUAUGCAGAAUUCUAUAAUGAACCAGUGACAAAGUUAUUAAGGUCAGAUUAUGUUGGCGAGGUUGAUGGUGUGCUGACUGAGAAGAACUCUUUGGGUUGUAAGAAGGCUGUUGUUAUUGCUGCUGGUUGUUGGAGUGGGAAAUUGAUGCACAACCUUAUGCAGGACUUCAAUGUUAUGCUAGAUGUACCUGUAAAGCCUCGAAAGGGUCAUCUUCUUGUGCUAGAGAAUUUCAAUUCCCUCAAAUUAAACCAUGGCAUUAUGGAGGCGGGUUACGUUGCUCAUAAAGAUGCAGGUUUGGGCUCAGUAUCGGAUCCUGUGCAAACAUCUAUAUCUAUGACGGCCACAAUGGACACAUCUGGAAACCUUAUUCUCGGCAGCAGCCGGCAGUUUCUGGGAUUCGACAUGGAAAUGGAUGAGGGUAUUCUUAAUAGCAUAUGGGAGAGGGCAGGAGAGUUCUUCCCGACAUUAAGAAAGAUAAAUGUUGAAAAUUUGCGGAAUAGCAGAGAAGUGAGGGUUGGACUAAGGCCUUACAUGCCUGAUGGGAAGCCAAUGAUUGGGCAGAUCCCUGGCUUGCCAAAUGCAUUUGUAGCUGCUGGACAUGAAGGAGAAGGCCUUUCUUUGGCCCUAGGGACAGCUGAAAUGGUUGUUGACAUGGUGUUGGGCAAUCCUCUGAAAGUUGAUCCUUCCCCUUUCACCUUGCAGUCUCGAUCUCAUUAAUCUCGGUCGCAUUUCCAUAGCCAUAAUGAACUUGUCGAAAUCAAUGCUCCUUUCUUUUCUUUUCUUUUUUUUAACAACUUCUCUUCUAGAGUUUUUUUAUUUUGGA